GGACUUAGCCAAGUUCAAGAUGGCAAGUUUGCCUUCAGAGAGCUGAGAUCUGCCAAAAGGCUUUGUCCAGUGCUGGAGGGAUGGCUCAGCUGUUAAGGCGCUUGCCGGUGAAGCCUAAGGACCCAGAAAAUGGGCUUGGAGGCAGAGAAGCAUGAAGCACGCAGCAACCCCAGGAAGAAACAUCACCAGGGUCCUCAUUGCAAACAGAGGAGAAAUUGCCUGCCGGGUGAUACGAACAGCCAGAAAAAUGGGUAUCCAGUCGGUGGCUGUUUUCAGUGAGGCUGACAGGAACUCCAUGCAUGUUGAGAUGGCCGACAAAGCGUACUGCAUCGGCCCCGCUCCGUCCCAGCAGAGCUACCUCUGUAUGGAGAAAAUCAUCGAAGUGGCCAAGAUCUCUGCUGCCCAGGCCAUCCAUCCAGGAUACGGUUUUCUUUCAGAAAACAUGGAAUUUGCUGAACUUUGUAAGCAAGAAGGAAUUAUUUUCAUAGGUCCUCCUUCAUCUGCAAUUAGAGACAUGGGUAUAAAGAGCACCUCCAAGUCCAUCAUGGCUGCGGCUGGGGUGCCUGUUGUGGAAGGUUACCAUGGUGAGGACCAAUCCGACCAGUGCCUAAAAGAGCAUGCCGGCAGAAUCGGUUAUCCUGUUAUGAUCAAAGCUGUCCGCGGCGGAGGAGGAAAAGGUAUGAGGAUCAUUCGAUCAGAAGAAGAAUUUCAAGAGCAGUUAGAAUCAGCGCGAAGAGAAGCUAAGAAGUCUUUCAAUGAUGACGCUAUGCUGAUUGAGAAGUUUGUGGACACACCAAGGCAUGUGGAAGUCCAGGUGUUUGGUGAUCACCAUGGCAACGUGGUGUACUUGUUUGAAAGAGACUGUAGUGUGCAGAGACGACAUCAGAAAAUCAUUGAGGAGGCCCCAGCGCCUGGUAUUAAACCUGAAGUAAGAAAAAAGCUUGGAGAAGCUGCAGUCCGAGCUGCCAAAGCUGUAAGCUAUGUUGGAGCAGGAACUGUGGAAUUUAUUAUGGACUCAAAGCAGAACUUUUACUUCAUGGAGAUGAACACAAGGCUGCAAGUCGAACAUCCUGUGUCUGAGAUGAUCACGGGUACUGACUUGGUGGAGUGGCAGCUUAGGGUUGCAGCAGGAGAGAAGAUUCCUUUGAGCCAGGAAGAAAUACCUCUGCAGGGCCAUGCCUUUGAGGCUAGAAUCUAUGCAGAAGAUCCCAACAAUAACUUCAUGCCAGGAGCUGGACCUCUAGUGCAUCUCUCUACCCCUCAGGCAGACCCAUCCAAGAGGAUUGAAACUGGAGUGCGGCAAGGAGAUGAAGUUUCAGUGCAUUAUGACCCCAUGAUCGCCAAGCUUGUCGUAUGGGCUGCAGACCGCCAAGCAGCCUUGUCAAAACUGAGGUACAGCCUUCACCAGUACAAUAUUGUGGGACUACACACCAACAUUGACUUCCUGCUCCGCCUGUCCAGCCACCCAGAGUUUGAAGCAGGGAAUGUGCACACUGACUUCAUCCCUCAACACCACAAGGAACUGCUGCCCAGCCGGAGCUCUGUAGCCAAGGAGUCUCUGUGCCAGGCGGCCCUGGGCCUCAUCCUCAAGGAGAAAGCGGUGACUGAUGCUUUCAAACUUCACGUGCAAGAUCAAUUCUCUCCAUUUUCAUUCAGCAAUGGAAGAAGACUGAACAUCUGCUACACCAGAAACAUGACUCUUAGAGAUGGUAACAGUGAUGUAGCCAUUGCUGUAACAUAUAACCAUGAUGGGUCAUACAACAUGCAGAUUGAAGAUAAAACUUUCCAAGUCCUCGGUGAGCUUUCCAGUGAGGAAGACUGUACUUACCUGAAGUGCUCUGUCAAUGGAGUUGCUAGUAAAGCCAAACUGGUUAUCCUGGACAGCACCAUUUACCUGUUUACCAUGGAAGGCAGUAUUGAAAUUGACAUUCCAGUACCCAAAUAUUUGUCUUCAGUGAGCUCAGAAGGAACUCAGGGAGGUACCAUUGCUCCUAUGACUGGAACCAUUGAAAAGGUAUUUGUGAAAGCUGGGGACACAGUGAAAGCGGGAGACUCCCUCCUGGUCAUGAUCGCCAUGAAGAUGGAGCAUACCAUAAAGGCUCCAAAGGACGGCACAAUAAAGAAAGUGUUCUUCAGAGAAGGGGCCCAGGCCAACAGACACGCGCCUUUAGUGGAGUUUGAGGAGGAGGCCGAAUGACAGCUGAGACAGAAUGCACUCCAUCCAAGAACUGCAGACGGCAGCACCUUACCUGCACCACAAAGAAAGGCUCUCACAAAGAGCAGCUGUAUUAGGUGAAUGUCGAUGAUAUUUGCUACAACCUUUUCAUAUUUAAGAAUCAUGCACUUGGCUCACAAAUGAAAUAAAUGAUCUCCAAAUAUUUCAUACUAAUAAAGUUGAAUUCUAUUUUUUUAUGGGAA